UAGAAUGUGUGAAUCACAAAAGCAGAGUAUGGUUUUAGUCAAACUGACUUUCUAAAUUAGGCCCACCAAAAAUUUAGAAACACUCUUCCCCUCACACUUCACUACUUAAAAAACCCAUUCUCUCAUUUUUGUGGCACAUGAUCCCAUAAUGGAAGAAAAUAGUCAUACCACCGGAAAAAUUCUCAUGGCAGCCCUCUCCAAGCUAACCCAACAGCAAAUUUCCACCUUCACCAUCACUAUCUCCUCGCUUUUCCACCUCCACCGUCACCGUCUCUCAACACUCUUGUCGUCAAACACAGUCUUUUCCAUCUCCCUUCACCACCUUCACACUCUCUCCCUCCACCAAAAAUCCCUUCUCAUUGCAAGACACAUGUUAUCAAUCCUAUCUCACCUUUCACACUUUCUCGAUCCUAAAACCACCCAAAUGCCGCCGUAUGCCACCACCGUGCUGAAUGACCGUGAUCUUGACUCAGUUCUCUUACUUCUACUGCUAUGUGAACUCCAUCAACAUAACCCUGUAACACUAAAGUCUUUGUCACCGUCGAAUUGGCAGAAGUCUCUCUCUAACUAUGUAUCCACCACCAUGUUAACUCUUUCUGGCAUUGGGUUUUCCAAUAGUGAAAUAUUGAGAAAGUAUAUUGAAUUAGUGGCUAGAUGUAAAAAGUUUGUAGAUGUUAUGGGUUGUGGGGAUGGAAAGGGCGGGAAGGACGUCGCAGCUUCCGUGGCAGCAGUCAUUGCAUUGCCCUCGGUGGAGGUGAUACAAGGAGGAAAGGAAUGUGCUAUAUGUAAAGAAGAAAUGAGGUUAGGGAGAGAUGUGUGUGAAUUACCUUGUGAACAUCAUUUUCAUUGGAUGUGUAUGUUGCCAUGGGUGAUCAAGAGGAACACUUGUCCUUGUUGUCGCUAUCGGCUUCCGACUGAUGACGUGUAUGGCGAGAUUGCGCGGCAGUGGGAACUGGUUGUCAGAAUAGGUGGUAGUUAUUUUUAGCUUUGUUUUGUAUAUCUUGAGAUGUACGACAUAUGAUGCACACUAUAUAUUGAUAUUCUUUAGGGAGUCUAGUAGCAGGUCAAAAUGAGGAAUGUAACCUUUUUUAUAUUAAGUGAUGCUUUACUAGGCUA